CGGCGGACCUGGGCGCUCCUGGAGGCGGUGUGUCUCUGUGGUGGUCGCGCCGGUGGUCGCGAUGGGGAAGUCGGAUUUUCUCACCCCCAAGGCCAUCGCCAACAGAAUCAAAUCCAAAGGACUCCAGAAGCUGCGCUGGUACUGCCAGAUGUGCCAGAAGCAGUGUCGGGACGAGAAUGGCUUCAAGUGUCAUUGUAUGUCUGAGUCUCAUCAGAGACAACUGUUGCUGGCUUCAGAGAAUCCUCAACAGUUUAUGGAUUAUUUUUCAGAGGAAUUCAGAAACGACUUUCUAGAACUUCUCAGGAGACGCUUUGGUACAAAGAGAGUGCACAACAACAUCGUCUACAAUGAGUACAUCAGCCACCGCGAGCACAUCCACAUGAACGCCACUCAGUGGGAGACACUGACCGACUUUACCAAGUGGCUGGGCAGGGAAGGCUUAUGCAAAGUGGAUGAGACUCCGAAAGGCUGGUACAUUCAGUACAUAGACAGGGACCCGGAGACUAUUCGGCGGCAACUGGAACUCGAGAAGAAGAAGAAGCAGGACCUCGAUGAUGAAGAAAAAACGGCCAAGUUUAUUGAAGAGCAAGUGAGACGAGGUCUGGAAGGGAAAGAGCAGGAGACCCCUGUUUUCACGGAAUUAAGCAGAGAAAAUGAUGAAGAAAAAGUUACAUUUAAUCUGAAUAAAGGCGCAUGCAGUUCAGCAGGAACAUCUUCCAAAUCAAGUUCCUUGGGGCCGAGUGCCCUGAAAACCCUGGGUAGUGCCGCCUCGGUCAAGCGAAAAGACUCCUCCCAGAGCUCAGCUCAGGCCAAAGAAAAGAAGAAAAAGAAGUCUGCACUGGAUGAAAUCAUGGAGAUUGAAGAGGAAAAGAAAAGAACGUCCCGCACAGACCACUGGCUGCAGCCUGAAAUCAUUGUAAAGAUUAUAACCAAAAAACUUGGGGAUAAAUAUCAUAAGAAAAAGGGUAUUGUCAAGGAAGUAAUUGACAAGUAUACAGCUGUUGUAAAGAUGAUUGAUUCUGGAGAUAAACUGAAACUUGACCAGACUCAUUUAGAGACAGUAAUUCCGGCACCAGGAAAAAGAAUUCUAGUUUUAAAUGGAGGCUACAGAGGCAAUGAAGCCACCCUGGAAUCCAUCAAUGAGAAGACCUUUUCAGCCACCGUCAUGAUUGAAACUGGGCCUUUAAAAGGACGGAGAGUUGAAGGGAUUCUGUAUGAAGAUAUAUCCAAACUGGCCUGAUUGGAAAUUUGUUAACAGUACAUUAAAAUAACUCUAAAGCAUCAAAUUGAUGUUUGCCAAAGCAUUGUGAGACUCUACUGUGUUAGGGUAUUUCUUUUGUAUAAAGCAGAUGUUUUUAUUUAAAUAUUACUGUAUAUUUGUGUAAACUUAGAGCAAAAUUUAAUUAUGUCUCCUGAAGUACCAAAAUUGUAUUUUUUGUCCUCGUUGCUUUUCUUUGUAAUACUUCCUUGAUGAUUUUUUAUCUUCAUUAAAGAAUGUUGUAAAGUGUUUUAUAUAACACAGUUUAGAGUCAUAGAAUUGGAUCUUUUUAAGUAUAUUUUAGUAGUAAAAUAGCAAGGUUGAAUUAUAAUUAAGUUUUCAAGCCAAACUAUAAAUAUAAUAGUUUUAUCGUGAUAUAAUUCACAAACCACACAAUUCUCCAUUUAUAGUAUAAGUAGUUUCCAAUAUAUUUAGAGAUGUGUAACCAUCUCUACUAUCUUAAUUUUGGAGAGCAUUUUUUAUUAUCCUAGAAAGAAACUCUGUAAACAAUAUCUAUUCUUUUCCAACCUCUCCCAGCCUGACAAGCAUUAAUCUACUUUGUAUCUCUAUAGACUUAACUGUUCUGUACAUCUUAUAUAAAUGGAAAAAUAUAAUGUCUUCUAUGCUAGGCAUCUUA